AUGUCCGCAUCUUGCACAGACGUAGCCUGCUCAACCAACUUCGCAAUAGUGAAAUGCACUGAUACCUCAGCACCCGCAUGCUACGAGUGGCGCUUCAUCUACGACAGAAUGGUCUUUACACAACACGGCUGCGCAGCCACACCCUUCACAAGCACAGCUUUCCACAGCCUGGGCAUGGCGCUUUCAAGCAGCAAUACAGUAGACGUAACAUUCACCGCAACAGCCACUCAAGAGCCCCUCGUCACACCCCCUUCCUCCUCCUCCGCCCCAUCACCAAAUCCCUCCAAACCCGGCAUCGGCAUCAUAGUAGGCAGUACAAUCGGCGCCUGUCUCUUCGCUUCAUUCAUCGUCAUCGUCUUCUUUCUCGUGUGGCGCAGACGCAGGGCCGUGAAGAGAAAUGCGGUACAGACGCAUUUGUAUCAGCAGACGACACAGACGUUGGUUGAGUAUAAUCCGCUUGGGUUUCCUUCGCCGGUAUUCUCGUCGCCUGCGAAUCCGUAUCGUGAUGAAUGUAAGGGGUGGCAGCAGCAACAACAGCAGUCGAUACAGGGGAAUGGGGAGGUACCGCGGUAUCCGGGGAUGGAGCAGGGGCGGUUGGGCAUUGUUGAGGCUGAUGGGUUUGAGAGGCCGGUGGAGGCGCCUACGGCUGAGAAAUGA